UUGAUGAUGUCAUUAUUUCUUUCAGAUGGAUUUGUGCUCUGCUGCUGCUGCUGCUGCUGCUGCGUCGCAUCUCUCAAAGUGAAAAUACUCGCGCUGCAAAUGUGCGUCCCCUGCUUCACAAACUUGGACCGUUGCCUGUGUCCAGGCUCCUCUCCAGCCCUGUGAACCUCUGUCACUGCUGACUGACGACGUGGUGGACGAUGGUGUGACACCGCGAAAGGACCUUGUACCCCAGAACUAAUUCUAAACUAUCACCACAUCAACUUUUCCUCUGCAGACGAAGACUUGUUUGUCCGGUCUAUGUGGAAGUGCGCUGGGGAUAACUGGAAUCAACAAACCUGUUAAAUAGCGACAUUUAACAAUUCACUUGCACUAAUUUGUCUGUUCAAAAUCCAAGAAAGAUCCGACUUGGAGAGAAGCGUAAACGAGCAUGAUGCUCGGCUUUUUCACCUUUAGUCGUUGCUGACGCAUAUUGGGGAGUGAGAUGGGACUGUAAACUACAGUAUGUGGAGUCAUUCCUGAGGACAGAGUCGCUGCUCUCCGCGGGUGCAUGGAGAAGAGCAGCCCGAGGAUGACGGGCGGAACCCGGGAGGCGCCGGUGAACUCCUCUCCGGCGGUAGCGGCCAACGCGGAGGGCGAGGAGAUCGAGGUUUUGGAAAGUACCGACGUCCUUCCCGUGGCUCCAGAGGACCAAUGGAAGUCUCUGUUUGACAAGUAUGACCCAGAGAAUUCGGGCUUCAUCAGUACAGAGCGGUUCAGGGACCUCCUGGCGACACACGGCUCUGAGCUUGACCCCCACAAACUGGAAGUCUUAUUGGCCCUCGCCGAUGGCAACGCUGAUGGAAAAAUCUGCUACCAGGACUUUGUGAACCUGAUGAGUAACAAGCGCUCCAACAGUUUCCGGAGGGCCAUUCUGCAGGGGAGCCGGCAGCUAAAAGGCUGCAGUCUCAGAGAUGAGGUCGGCCUGGGGCUCUCUCAACGGCUGGUCCGACACGUCGCCUAUGAGACGCUGCCCCGCGAGGUCGACCGCAAGUGGUACUUUGACAGCUAUACCUACUGUCCCCCACCCUUGCUCAUUCUGGCUAUCACCAUUGCUGAGGUAGCCGUGUUCAUGUACUACGGGUUCCAGCUGGACCGCUUGGUCCUGCAGGUGUCCAGCCCGUCAUUCCUAAAGAGCCCCUUACCGUACCAUCCCCAGCUACGAGCCCAGGCCUGGAGGUACCUCAGCUACUGUUUCAUGCACACUGGCAUUGAACACUUAAGCCUGAACAUGGCCAUGCAGCUGCUGGUUGGAGUCCCCCUAGAAAUGGUCCACGGAGCCCUAAGGAUCGGACUGGUCUACGUGUGUGGUGUGCUGGCAGGGUCUCUGGCAGUAUCUGUCACUGAUAUGACGGCUCCAGUGGUCGGAUCAUCCGGGGGAGUGUACGCAUUGGUCUCAGCACACUUGGCCAAUGUUGUAAUGAACUGGUCGGGAAUGAAGUGUCAAUUUAAGUUAUUCCGGAUGGCCAUGGCUCUGGUGUGCAUGAGUGUGGAGUUUGGUCGGGCGGUGUGGCUGAGGUUCUACCCUCCGGCCUUUCCUCCGUGCCCCAACCCCAGCUUUGUAGCUCACCUGGGAGGGGUGAUGGUAGGUCUGACGCUGGGUGUGGUGGUCCUGCAGAACUACGAGCAGCGACUCCAGGAGCAGUCCCUGUUUUGGAUCUUUUUCUGCGUCUACACCUUGUUUGUGCUUUGCGCCGUCUUCUGGAACAUUUUUGCCUACAGCUUGCUUGACGUGCGACUGCCUCCGCCACCGUGACUUGUCUAUUAAAGGUAGAUAAGACACUGUAUCCCCUUUACUCCUGCAUCAGUAGAUGCCUGACCUUUCUCUGGAUGGGUCACCUCACCCCUCAUAUUACGAACUUCACCGUGGGGUGAUCAGAGUUGUCUAACAGCCAACCUCCUCUUACAUCCAGUGCUCUGAUGCAGGGAUAGCUGACAACCCUCUUUGCUUGUCUCAUCAUACAUUUUUCAACUCACCUGCUACCUUCUAGGGUCGAGCCUUCCCAUCGCUAACCUCCACCUACUCUUUGUCUUCAUCUCUGUUGGAUGCUUGUGGGACUUUUGUUGACAAUAAUGUGUUGACAAAUGAAAAGCCUUGGAUCUAACACAACAGGAUCAAGCAGGAAUAGUCCUGUUCACAUCGCUUAACCUUCUCUGCCUCUUCCUCCUCAAUCCAACGGUGCCUACUCAUGGAGACAUCAGCCUGUGAAAGUAUUACUGCACUGUUGCCCCUUGUGUAGGGUGACAGCAGUAAAACCCUGCAGUAUAAACUGUUCUCAGACAAAAUAAGUUCCUAAAGAACUGCUAUCUGCCUGUGCCCUCUUCUUUAGUACACAAAGAAUAAGAUCAUAUGAGAAUUUAGGCUUAGCUGGUGUUUUGUCACCAUUACAAUCAGCACGAGUGGUACACAUAAAACUGAUAAGCAGGGUAGCUAAACCCCUCAAGUUUCACAGUAUAGAGAGAGCAUAGAAUAAAUAGGCUACAGCAACCUUCAAAAGUUAUUAUGAAUUUACCUUUGAAGCAAAAUGUGGGUUGCUAUUCAAGUGUUGCCUUCAGCGUUUGGCACUUCCCCAGAGAAGGAUUAAUUUGUGUUCAGCGCUAUUUGAACCUCAAACUUUUGUCUUUGACAUUUUUGUGUGUGUGUUUGCAAGGAGUGCGACAAUUGUGACAUUGUGUGUACAGAUAAAAAAAAAAAAAAAAAAAGAAGCAGAAGUGCCAUUCAGACUUUAAGCUUUCAAAAAUGAUGCCAAAAUAUUGCUAUAAGCACCAGGGGAAGAGCACAUCUCCCCGACAAGUAUUGCUUUUGUGUAAGAAAAAUUUAUCUAAUUUUGUCUGUAAAGAGUCGGUCGAAUGUAACAGUAAUUUUUCAUGAUCUUGAUCUGAAUUUCUCACAAAUAACCUUGGAACAGCCCAGAAGUGCAGUCAAGUUCUUGUCAUUCUGUUGUCCCCUUUGGGCAUUUGCAGUGAUUUUUGCAAUGUUUAAAAAUUUCAAAGUGACGGAAGUUAAUUUAUUGAUUGGUGAAGAGGUGAAUUGAGGAAAGUGGGAUUGGAAUAAUGAAAAUAUUCACCAAUGGGUAAACUGGGCUGCUCUGAAUAAAUCUAAGUAUUUUUCUCAUUACCAAACGUAGAAGAGCACACAUGCCUGACCUCGACUACAUCUGGGCUGGGGUCGUUUCACUCUCAGUUCGAGGGGGGGGGGGCAAAUCAAUGCUCUCUCAUUAGUUGCUGUCACAACUUAAAUUGUUAACUGAUUGAACUGGGAUAGAAAACGACCUCAGCCCUAAGCUGUGAGUCUCAAACUGUACUGUACUUUAACCUCAUGUUACAGUGGUAACUGCUUCGCACAAACGUUAUUAUAAUGUAAUUAAAUACAAAUUAAUAUUUUAACAUGCAUUUGCUGUUGAUUUUAUUUUUACUUGGUGAUAUUGGUAUGUUGUGUAAAUUGUUUGGUUGGUCUGCAUUGUGAUAUAUUAGCUAUAUCCUGUAUGUAUCCUAUUUAAAAAAAUUGGUUAUGAAGAUGGUCUGGGAUUGUACAUAACAAGGGCUAUGAUACAAAACUGAGUGAGGGGUAAAUCACUGACAAUAUUUUAACAUUGUGCAUAUUUUGUAGAUUUGAUAUGUACAUACUGGAGUACAUUAAACAGUUUUAUACAGAAACAAAAUAUGAUUUCUUUGGAUUUAAUGAAUCUGACUGUCCUCUAGGUUUACUGGUAAUCUUUUACAUGAUUUAGCUGCUUAGCAAAAAGAAAAUAGAGAGAGAGAAAUAGAAGUGUGUCAAGUUUGUUUGUCAUAUUUCUUGCAUGGAUGUGUGUAUGGACAUACGUGCAUGUCUCUGUAUGUGAAUGAAGGUUUUUAAUCAUUUAAACACAAGUCAUUGUGCCAAAUAACCUUAUUGUGACCUUACAUCAAGUCACACAUGCCCACACACACACACAAAUGCCAGUUUUAUUCAAUAUCCAGGGACAGGAAUUACCUCCCAUUCUACAAAGAAAUGUGAUCAAACUAAGCAGGUCUGAAGCCUUGAAACCAGAUUAGCUUUAACCCAGUGUUAAGCGAGAGCUCAGGGCCCCAGAGUCGAGAGCCAGGUUUAAGAGCCUUUGUGAAAAAAAACACGUCAAAGUGAUCAAUGAAAUGUGUGAGCAUACAAGAAUCAGCCAUAAUUCAUUCAGAGAAGGGACCCCUUAAGCUGCCACUGAACGUCUUCUCUGUCUAGCCGUUGAAACCAUAUGGAGAGUAGCGAUUUUAAAGCCGUAGAAUGAAAAAUUCAUUAGGCAGCCAAGGAAAGCCGCUUCGAAUCUCCAGUUUCAGAGGUAAUCAUUCACCUUGGUGAGGAAGAGGAGACAAGAGAAUCCGCAAGGAAGGAAAAUCAGUCUGAAUGCAUUUGUAGUGUCUCUGCAUUUAUGCUGCCUGCUGAGAGCAGCACUUGUUACAAUUUGGUCCUGUUUUAAUAUGCAUUUCACACCUUUUUCGCUACAGACAAGUACAGAGACUAAAGCUGACAGUUAGUACUGUCUGAUGAAUAAUUAUUGCCAAUGUUUCCAACAAGAACAUACCGACUGUUUUAAUACAGUCAUAAUGAUCAGUGGUGGAAGAAGUAGGCUUCUCAGAUCUUUUACUUAAAUCAAAGUAAUACCACCAUGUUGAAACAAUCUGUUACAAGUCAUGCAUUUCAAAUAUUAUUUCAGUAAUCUUACCUAAGUAUUGGUGUUAAGAUGCACUUAAAAUGGUUAUUAUGCAUUUUCUGAAUAAUAUAUAUUAUUGGAUUAUGAUUAUUAAAUGCAUUCAUGUAUAAACAUCAACUUUCAUAUUGCAGCUGGCAAGAGUGUGGCUAAUUUGAAUUACUUUAUAUACUUAUGGAUAGCUUAAUUUAUA